AUGGCGCCCGGCGGCACGAUGCCCCCGUCCGCGCCCCACCUCAUGUUCCGCCGCCCGGACCUCGCCGCGCCUGCGCCUCACGCCGUCAUGCCGCCUCCUGCCGCCGCUGGUAUGGACAAGGAAGGGGAGGAGCGCCGGCUGAAGCUGUCCGACCUGGAGUGGCUGGCCGACCUAGGCGAGUGCGCGAGCGGGGUGGUGACCAAGGUGCGCCUCCGCGGCACCGCCGGCCCUGCGUUCGUGCUCAAGGUCGCUCACUACCCCGACGACAUCGACGCGGGGAGGGAGCAGGACGAGGUGCUCCGCCGCGCGUGCGGGGCCGGGCCACCGUUGCCGUACGUGGUGCGCUGCCACGCCGUUCUACGCGGUGACGGCGGCGAGCCCGCGUGCCUGCUCGAGCUCAUGGACGCCGGGUCGCUCUAUGACGUCCUCCACCGCCGCGGCGGCCGCGGCGGCCUCCCGGAGCCCGCGCUGCGCCCUCGGGCUCGCGCACCUCCACGCGCGCGCCGUCGCGCACCUCGACCUCAAGCCCGACAACCUGCUCGCCAGCGCUCGCGGGGACGUCAAGAUCGCCGACUUUGGCGUCUCAAGGAUCUUCUUCGUCGGGUCUCCAUCACCGUUGGCACCACCGCGUACAUGAGCCCUGAGCGGUUCGCACCCAACGCCCACGCCAGACAGCGUGGGGCCUGCGCCGCCGACGUCUGGAGCCUCGGCGCCACGGUCCUGGAGCUCUACUUGGGCCACCGCCCUGUCCUGCCCGCCGAACGAGCGCCGUCUUGGAAGAUGUUCAAGGAGGCCAUCUGCUACGGCGAACAACCGGCGGUGCCGGAGAGCACGGCAGCAUCGGCGGAGCUGCGCGGGUUCAUGGCCGCGUGCGUGCAGAAGGAUCGUCGGAGGCGCGCCACAGUGCCGCAGCACCCGUUCGUGGCGCGCCGGGACGUCGAGGCGUUGCGCUGCGCCCUACGAGAGAUUAUCGUGGAGACCAUAUAA